CCUCCCAGCAGGGACAAGCCCUUCAGGUGUUUGGAAUGUGGGAAGAGCUUCAGGAAGAGCUCUGACCUGCUCAAACACCGGCUCAUCCACACUGGGGAAUGGCUCUACACGUGUAGGGAAUGUGGGAAGAGCUUCAGGCAGAGCUCCCACCUGAUCCAACACCAGCUCAUCCACACUGGGGCACAGCCCUACACGUGUGGGGAAUGUGGGAAGAGCUUCAGCCAGAGCGUCCACCUCCGCACCCACCAGCACAUCCACAGUGGGGAACGGCACUACACGUGUGAGGAAUGUGGGAAGAACUUCGGUGUCAGAUCCCACCUGCUCACCCACCAGCUCAUCCACAGUGGGGAACAGCCCUACACGUGUCAGGAGUGUGGGAAGAGCUUCAACCAGAGCUCCACCCUCCGCACCCACCAGCACAUCCACACUGGGGAACGGCCCCACACGUGUGAGGAAUGUGGGAAGAGGUUCAAUAACAGAUCCAACCUCUGCACCCACCAGCGCAUCCACACCGGGGAGAGGCCCUACACGUGUCAGGAAUGUGGGAAGAGCUUCACCCAGAGCUCUACCUUGACCAGACACCAACGGACCCACCG